UAUAGGCCCAAUAUAAAUUUCCCAGAUCGUCACGUCCAAAUCGUCGGUUCAAACACCUCGGAGACUCGGUGCACCAAAUCCCAAAUUCCCAAAUUGUUCACUGAGUCGACUCGUCCUCCUCAUAUAUCCCCACCCAAUCUACAAAGUGAGAUACUCUUCCGCUUGGUUCGCUUCGUGAUUAUGAAUUUUAGAUCUUGCAUUAUGUCCUCGUUCAGUUUUUGGUUUUGUUCGAAUUGAUUGGUAGAAAUCGUAAUUUUAGUAACCGGAUUGUUGGGUUUUUAGGAAUCUCUCAGAUCCUCUCUUCACUUGUCACUCGAAUUGGGUAAUGGUAGCUAGCGCUGGGAUUGGUUUGUUUAUAGUAGAAACUGUAGGUUUUGGGGGGAUGAUACUGGAUUCAGGGCUUUUCGUGGAUAGUAUAUUAUAUUAUAGGAUUCACUAAUUGUGACAUUUUUUUGGCAAAACCACCUGUGAAAAAUCGAAUUAGAAUUUACUUAUUGGAAAUAUCUGAUUCUUACUUGUGUUUCUUGAAUUCAUCAUAACUGAGAACUGAUUGAUCUGGUUUUAUCUCGAGUGGUGGUUUGGAACUCAUGUUGCAAAGCUUGUCCUGGCUGUGAAGAAAGAAACACAAGUUGAGUCUAAUGAUGUUGUUUGUUUGACACAUGGAUUUUGCAUAUAUGUUAUAGUUUUGUUUUGAGCAUUUGAGAGUUCAUUGUAUUGUAUGUCUCUCCCUGUCUAUCUUUCUCAUAGUCGUCUGAGACUGCUUCCAGUUGUGUUCUCUUCUUUAGUUUGGAUUUCAGAGUCAAAACGAGAUCAUUACAAAAUGGCGCCAUCACGUAACAUCAUUGUAGCCACCGGUCUGGCUGUUUUCGCGUCUGCAGGGUUAGCGUUCCCCUUUUACAUGGCAUCAUCGAAAAAACCAGUAAUUGAUCCUACAAAACCAUUACCUCCUCAAGCAACUUUUAGAGGACCUUACAUCAACACAGGUUCACGCGAUGUUGGUCCUGACCAUCGAACUUAUCCAAAGAAAUGAUCAGAUCAAUCCAAGACAAUUAAGCAGGAGUUCUCAAUGUAGGCGGCCGGUAUACAUUUGAUAUCUUUAUUCCUAGACAAUAUCGUUCUUUAGUUUGUGCUCCCACUCCAUUUGAUUUCGUUAUGCUUCAUGUAAUUUUUCAGAAGAUAGUUUUCCCAACCUAAACGUUGAAUGUAACUGAAGAAAUGGCUUUCAUAAACUUGAUUUUGUAUUGUCAAAAAAAAAAAGUUCUGAGAUAUGUAAUAUCGAAAUGACAUAUAA